AUGACAGUGUUUCAGCACUUAAUCUGCUCAUAACAGCAACAGGUACUUUUAUAUUGUAAAUAAAAGGCUAUCAAAUAAGUAGUGAUACCAAAAGAAAAAUUUUAACUCAAAAAAGGAAGCAAUUAAACCUAAAAUUGCAUUGCUUGUGCUAAUUCUAUUUGA